AUGGUGUCAAGAGUAGAGCUGCCCAAAGGAGGAUUUAGCUUUGAAAAUUAUCAAAGAAAUCUUGCUUUAGAAAAAAAAGGUCUCACUUUGCCCAAACCAUUAAAAACUGGUACUACAAUUGCUGGCUUGAUUUUCAAGGUUGUUUUUGCUGGAGGAGACAGUCCCAUUGUCUCUACCAUAACUACCCUCAUAAAUAUAUCUGUAAUAUUUGUAUUCUACCUUUGUAUACAUUUGAAAGAGAAUGAUAACAAUAAACAAGAAAAUCAUCAAUGUUAUGGCUUAGAAGAAAGUCCAAUUAAGUGA